AUGCAUUCGCUAAACCAUAUGCUUACAACUGCCUCUGACAGAAGAAGAAAUAACGUUAUCCAUAAGCUUAAGGCCAAUGAGACUCCGGGAAAAGAUGGUUUUCAGGCUGAACUCUUUAAAUGUUGUCCAUCGUCCUUCACAUUUUCAACAAAUAAUACAUUUUCAACAAAUGUAUGGGAAAAAGAAAUAUUUCCAGUUAAUUGGAGCAAAGCAAUUCUGCUCCCAAUUCUCAAGAAAGAUGGUAAGACAUACUGCGACAAUUAUCGAGGAAUCAGUCUACUAGACACAAUUUCAAUAGACAUCUGGCCAACAUCCGAACAUUUACUGAACCAAGAAGCUGGCCAAAAUCUGGCAGUUACGUGUACAACAUCAUCAAAUAAAUCCAAUGUGCAAGACAUUAUUUGGUACAAAAAUGGACUGGAGAAUCCUAUUCCAUCAUAUGGAAGAAUUAUGGCAAGCAAAGUUCGUCAUGCAACAACUCGACUAAUGUUAACAGGGCCGAAAAUAACGGACAGUGGUGAUUAUAAAUGUAUUGUUGUACUUGCAAAUGAGGCAAUUAAUUUUGAAAAUGCACCACCAGAACAACAUCCAACUGAAGGCAAGGAUGCAAAAAUAAUUUGUUAUGUUAGCGGGCAUCCAUCAAUUGAAAUAUACUGGCAGUUCAAUGGAAAAAAUAUUAUAGAAGGUUGGCCGAGAGGUUAUGAAUUUAAAAAUAAAAGUCAGGUGCUAUUCAUUCCAAAAUUUAAAUCUGCUCAAGAUGAUGGAGAAUAUUCUUGUCGAGCUACGCAAUUCUUCUCAUUUAAAGUUCGAAUCAUUAACGUCACCGCUUAUGAGCCACCACAAAUAACUGUGUUCGAAGGAUCAAACCAAGAAUAUGAAGGAAAGGAUCACAAAUUGAUGUGCCAAGCUACUGGUAAACCUCCACCAUCUUAUAGAUGGUUAAAAAAUACGAAUGGCGUUGAAACAAUUAUUGAGCAAUCACAGAAAUAUUCCGUGAAAAAUGGCUUACUGGUAGUAAAAUCUCUGAUGCCCUAUGACCAAGGAAUUUACAGUUGUAUUGCCUCAAAUGCGUUAGAUACAGCUAGAUUUGACCAUAAUUUAACUAUAUUUCGGAGGCCGAAAAUCGAAAUGAUGAAAAACGAGACUCGAUCUCGGGGAGAUCUUGUCGAAUUGCGGUGCUAUUUCUCAGGCGAUGGCAAUAUAACAGCCAAGUGGAUCCACAAUGGUGAACAGUGGCAAGCUAAAACUUUUGAUAUAGCGAAAUAUUCAGCAGGCGGAGACCUAUAUGCCGAAGACAGUCGAGUUUUUGUGCGAUUAGAAGAUGGUGUCUCGGUUUUAACGAUAUUUUCUGUACAAGAUGAUGAUGCUGGACAGUAUCAAUGUGUUACUGAAAAUGAAGCUGGAACUGACCAGCGUUCCACCUACCUUGCUAUUAUCCAUGCUCCGACUAUUAUCGACCGAAGCGAUGAAAUAUAUGUUGUCAAUGGUGGAAGAGCUGAAAUGUUUUGCAAAGCUGUUGCAGUACCUGAUCCAGUUUGGAUUUGGACAGGACCAGAAAAUGAAAUUGUUGACGCAGAUGGCAACCUUUAUAUCAUUGAUACAAUAUCUACAACAACAAAAUUAAUCAUCGAAAAGGUGGGCGAAACUGACUUUGGAAAUUAUAAAUGUACAGCUAGUAAUGGCAUUGGAGAUGACAAUGCUCAAAUCGAUUUGCAUCAAAUUUUCAUUCCAAAUAUACCAUCAGAAUUUCAUUGUGACGAAAUUUUUCCAAAUUACGGUAUAUGCCGAAUCGAUGAUUAUGUGGAUAUGGAUCGAGCUCAUCGCCCGACACAUUUGAAUUUUAUUUAUGAAAAAGACCAAGAGGCAAAAUUGGAUUACGGGUGCCGCUUUCCCGUGCUACAAAUCAGUCCAGAGCAUAAUAUCAUUUAA